AUCCGCCUCCUAUUAAGAGUGUUUCCAUGGGUCUGAGCUGCGAGGUGCCUGAAGUGCCGUGACCACUGGCUGGGGCUCGGGGCAUCACCAGUGCAGAAACAUGGACUGUUACCUGUCCUCCGUGCUGUACCCAGAGGUGUUUGAGGAGGGGGAGUCGCUGUACCAGAACGUGGGGAUCCUGAGACAGGAAUUAGCCAGGAAGCCCCCCCCACCCACGCCCCCCACGCUAGAAGCCUGGGAGACACACAGCGACCAGGCUAGCGGCCAGCUCUUCUACUACAACACGGUCUCCGGGGAAACCACCUGGGACUCACCUUUCCAGCAGCCGGACAACUGGGAGCAGCCGGCUCCAGCCUCUCCCGAUCCCAGUGACAGCGUUCCAAGCGAUCCCGGCAUUCCCAGCGAUCCUUACGAAGAAUGGGAAAGCCAUGUGGAUGAGGCCAGCGGGAGGACCUAUUUCUCAUCCAGCGACGGAGAAACCACGUGGGAAUUACCAUCACCGCGGGAGGAGGGAACGCCGGAGCACAUGGAUCCCUCGGUUAAUCUCCGGAAUCAGAGGCCACCCACCCCCGAGCAGGAUUACCCCGAGAUUAUUGAGGAAAUACCGGAGGAACCCUGGGGUCAUCGUCGAACCCCCUCGUCCUGGUCACAGGAUCUAAACAGUGAACCUGAGUCCCCCACCGGCUCCGACAUCCCCCCGGGUUGGAGCUGCCACACAGACCCUGAGGGCCAGCUCCUCUACACCAGCGACUUUACCCAGGAAACAUGGAUAAGGCAUAUGGAUGACAACGGACAGAACUAUUACUACAAUCCUGAUGGUGGGAGAUCGGAAUGGGACCUUCCCCAGAUAACACCCGCUCUCUCCAUCACGGCCGGGCAGCCCAGCACCAGGAACGGUGACGGGAUCGUGCAGGACUCCAGCCCGAUAUUCAAUAACUGGCGGCACACGAUACUGAAACCACGCACACCGGAAGCCACGGAGCCCGAGGAGAAGACGUUUGCCUCAGAGCAUCAGAGAAACGCAUCCGAUUACAGCGCGGAGCUAGAGUUCGGCCAGCCCGUUGAUGUUCUGCUUCCGCAUUCUCACAUGUUGGAAAAGGUUGGGAUUCUGAACAGGGCCAAAGUGUUGGAUAAUGGGAAGCGGAUCAGGAAGAACUGGGCCACCUCCUGGACGGUGCUGCACGGAUCCAUCCUGACCUUCCACAAGGAUCCCAAAAACCAGUCAGCAGGCAGCCUGAGACAGACCGCGGGGCAGAUUGUACCGGAACACACAGUGGAUCUGAGAGGAGCGACAAUCGGUUGGGCCGCGAGGGACAAAUCCAGUAAAAAACACGUCCUGGAGCUGAAGACCCGCUCGGGCUCCGAGUACCUGAUACAGUACGAGACUGAGUCCGUCAUCAGCGACUGGUACAGGAUCAUCACCGACUGCAUCCGACAGCUGGCCCUGGAGACCCCCGGAGAGGCCCCCGGUGACCCCGACCCUGACGUUACCGCGAACAAGAGCAUCGCGGGGAGAGAGAGAGAGGACAGGAAAUCCCGAGUGUCGGUGCGACAGGCUGGCAGUGCGUCUGAUUCUGACCACAACAAAGUGAGAAACAAACUGAAAAAGCUUCUGCAGCGUCGGCCCACCCUCCAGAGUGUACGAGACCGAGGCUAUAUCCAGGACCAGGUGUUUGGCUGCAGUUUGGAGGCUCUGUGCCGGCGAGAGAGCAGCUCAGUGCCGAGAUUUGUGCAGAAGUGUGUCACAGCCGUGGAGAGUCGAGGGCUGGAGAUGGACGGUUUGUACCGUGUCAGCGGGAACCUGGCAGUGAUCCAGAGGCUGCGAUUUAAAGUGGAUCACGAGGAGAAUGUCAGCCUGGACAACGAGCCCUGGGAGGACGUCCAUGUCAUCACCGGCGCCCUCAAACUCUUCUUCCGCGAGCUUCCGGAGCCUCUCUUCCACAGCCACUUCGACAACUUCAUCGCCGCCAUGAAGCUCGGGGAGAGCCAGCAGCGUUUGUGGCGGAUGGAGGAACUCAUCCAUUCGCUUCCUGUCAUGAACCAUGACACCAUGAGGUUUCUGUUCAGGCAUCUCCGCAGGGUGAUCGAGAACCGGGACAAGAACCGGAUGUCGUCCCAGAGCAUGGCCAUCGUGUUCGGGCCGACGCUGCUCAGGCCGGAGGUGGAGACGGGCAGCAUGGCUCUGUACAUGGCUCAUCAGAACCAGAUUGUGGACUUUAUCCUCAACAACUUCAAGCAGCUUUUCCCUGAGGGCCAGGACUGGGCCGAGUCCAGGUGAAGGCGGGGAGCCGAGCCGGCCAUGGACUUACCUACGCAGGCAGCAAGGAGACAUUCAUACCCCACCCCCACCUCCCCCCUCUCGCCCCGCCCCGAGGGCUACUGCCUGUCACACUCCAGCAUUAACCAGCGGAUGGGGGAAACCUACUCUCUCCUGUUUGGCACACACUGGGCUUCCUGCUCCCCCGCUGGGCCGCCCCUGCUCUGUGCUCUUUGUCUGGAGGAUCUUUCCCCCCACCCCCCCACCGUUCCUCCGCACUCCCUCCCUUGCCUCAGCCCCUCCCUGCCUUCAACCCCAGUCCCCAGCUCUGGAGGGGAGCAGGCACAGGUAGCCGCGUUAUCGGAGGCAGCAGAGAUAUGUCUGUGUAACGGUGACAUAGUCAUCACAUGUUACAGCUGAGGUUCAGGUGAUGAAACCCCCUUCAGGCCUCAUUCAAUCCGAUUCCUCCCUGUUCAUCCCCUAGCAGCUGACCUUAACCACCUUUCCUGGCAAACUUGUUAAUCCGGGUUGUGUGAGUGAACACUUCCUGGUCUCUGCUCCUCACAUUACCCCCUAUGAACCUCUGCCCUUUUGUUGUGAUAUAAAUAUUCUGUGCCCAACACACUGUGAAUGGGGAUGCUGUCUCUCGCUCUCUCACUCCGCGCCCCUCCACCCCCUCCCCCCAACCCCGACCGACCGCCAGCAAUGCACAAAUGCAGCAAUAAUGAAACAUUGUAAAUAGGUUUUUAAGUUUUAGCCCAAAAAUUGCAGAUUCUAUUAUUUAAGGAUAAUUUACGUGAAAUGGGAUUAAGGAUUGGGGACAAUUAGCUGAAGGUUCGUUGCUUUUUUAAUGAAUAACUCAAGCGUUAUGUUUACUCCAGUGAAUCUACCACUCAGUAAAUCCCCGAGACAGAGAGAGAGAGACAGCUCCCUGGGGGGAUUUUCCCUCAUUUGGCGAGCGAUUGCACACCAGGUGUAAACCAAGUGUACAAACCGUAUGUAAACCACAUGUAUAGCAAGUAACACAGGGGCCGGUAUCGCUGUAACGAACGGCCAAUGACAAGGAAUGAUUGCACACAAUCGAACAGACUCGAAUUAAGGAGGGCUGCAAUUCCUAAUUAGCGCAUGGUUCACACAUGGCGCAGAAUAGCCCCUGGGGUCUGAACCUCCCACAACCCGAUAGAAGCGAGACAAGCAUCCGAACGCUCCCUGACGUGUCCGGGUUAGAAUACUCUGUGCCGCUCCCUGUCUCUCUGUCCCUAGAGCGGGGGAAUGGGAAGUGAACGGCAUGAGUGUGUGUGAGCAAGCAAGCGAGUUAGCGAGGACCGACACUGAAUGUACAAUCAGGAAACGAUCCAUUCUCUGUUCACUGUUAGUGGUGGGGGGGGGGGGUGGUUUCUGGAAUAAAAAA